AGUGUUUUAAUUUUGACCUACAAAAACAGCAAUUUCAUAUGGUACAAUUUAGUAGAAGGUUUUCUCCAUUUACCUGUGACUAGUUAGAGAUUAGGACUUCAGUUCUGUUAACAGAAAAUUAAUUGGAGAGGAGUUCUACAACCUCAGCAGCUUAACAAUCUCUGAAACGGAGACACCACUGUAGCAAUGUUAAGAUCAGAUCAUGUUUACAAAAGACCUCCAAAAUUUGUUGGAAAUAAUCAUUAGCUGUCUAGAAUCUUACAUGGAAAGAUGCAUGUGAAUGUGUUGUUGCAACUUGGCAUAAGAGGUUAGAAAUUGGGUCUUCAGCCAAGGAGAAGAGUCUUCGAGUCUUGAAGAAAAGAUUCUGUUAUGUACUCGCAAGGAGCAAAGCUCUUUUCUUAAAGGAAGACCUAUUUAUUCGAUGAUUCAUUCAGGCUCCAGGGAACGGAUUAUAGCCACAGAAGUAGUCUUACCGCCCGCUCCAAGAAGCCCGGGCCGUCACGAGGUGGGAGUGGGUGAGGCGGUCUCAGAGGCGCGCCCGGGGCACGCUGGGAGCCGGGGCACCUUGGCCGAACUGACCCGGAAGGGCUGGUGCGUGGUAACCCCGGUUGCCGUAGCAACCGAGCCGCGCUAGCCCUAACCAUCCGCAUCCUCCCGUCCAGCCACCUCCCGGGAUGCCGCUGCAGGUGAGCGAUUACAGCUGGCAGCAGACAAAGACGGCGGUGUUUAUCUCUGUGCCUCUCCGGGGCGUCUGCGUCAGAGACGCGGACGUGUUCUGCACAGAAAACUAUCUGAAGGUCAACUUUUCUCCAUUUCUAUUUGAAGUGUUUCUCUAUGCACCCAUAGACGAUGAAAACAGCAAAGCCAAGAUUGGGAAUGACACUAUUGUAUUCACAUUAUAUAAAAAAGAAGUGGCCAUGUGGGAGACCCUUUCUGUGUCAGGUGUUGACAAAGAGAUGAUGCAAAGAAUAAGGGAGAACUCUAUUUUACAAGCACAAGAAAGAGCAAAAGAAGCUACAGAAGCAAAAGCAGCAGCAAGGCGAGAAGAUCAAAAAUAUGCACUAAAUGUUAUGAUGAAGAUUGAAGAAGAGGAGAGGAAAAAAAUAGAAGAUAUGAAAGAAAAUGAACGACUAAAAGCAACUAAAGAGUUGGAAGCCUGGAAAGAAUGUCAAAGAAAAGCUGAAGAACAAAAAACAAUUCAGAGAGAAGAGAAAUUCUGUGAACAAGGAAAGCCAGUUGGAGAAGAGAGAAACAAAUUAAAACAUAAAAGCCUUACUAGAAUUGCAGCAUCUAGAAAUCUUGCCACAAAAGGAAGAAAUUCAGAAAAUAUAUUUUUGGAGAAGUUAAAGGAAGACAGUAUUCCUGGCCCUCGCUCUGUUGGCAGUAUUAAAAUCAGCUUUACCCCUAGAGUAUUUCCAACUGCUCUCCGAGAAUCACAAGUAGCAGAAGAAGAAGAGUGGUUACACAAACAAGCAGAGGCACGAAGAGCACUGAAUACUGAUAUUCCUGAACUUUCUGAUUUAAAAGAAGAAGAAAAGAACCCAGAAUGGCUGAAGGACAAAGGAAACAAACUGUUUGCAAAAGAAAACUACUUGGCAGCUAUUAAUGCAUACAACUUAGCCAUAAGACUAAAUAACAAGAUUCCACUAUUGUAUUUGAAUCGGGCUGCUUGCCACCUAAAACUAAAAAACUUACACAAGGCUAUUGAAGAUUCUUCUAAGGCACUAGAGUUAUUGACACCACCCGUUGCAGACAAUGCUAAUGGAAGAAUGAAGGCAUAUAUACGACGUGGGACAGCAUUCUGUCAACUGGAAUUAUACAUAGAAGGCCUCCAGGAUUAUGAAGCUGCACUUAAGAUUGAUCCAUCCAAUAAAAUUGUACAAAAUGAUGCUGAGAAGAUUCGGAAGAUAAUUCAAGGAACAGAACUAAAAUCCUAAUGACUGUUGAAGCAACUAGGUAUUGUACUAGGUAUUGUUUUAAGUUUUUCAAAAAUAACUGGAGGCAUUAGGAAUCUUUGUAAAUAUUACGGCUGAUUGUGCAGAAUCACUUUUUUUUUCAUUCUCUAGUUCUGUAGAUGGAAAAAUAUUAUAAAUCUAUAGAAAAUGAAAUGUUUGAUUUGAAUAGUUCUGAAUGAGUAAAUCAAACUAAGAAUGAUUUAAUUCUUUGCUGCUUCAAUACAUGGAUUAAUUACAUAUAUAUUUUGUUGUUGUUGUUGUUGCUGUUACUAAAAUCAGCUCACCCCUAUAACUAACAAAAUAUUUCUUGGUGUGAUGAGUACUAGGACAUUACUGACUCAUUUCUGACAAAGUAAAAUUUGAAAAUAGAAGACUAUGUUAUAUUUUAAAUUAAAUGUACUACUUAAUUGAAUGACUGACCUUAGUAUAAUCAGUACUGAUAUUCACCUAGUAUUCAAAGCACAAAACCUUUACUUCUCCAUCCCACUGUGGGAGGGUAGACCAGUUCAACCUAGCAAAACAACUGUUUGGAAACGCCCCACCUUUUUUUUUUUAAAAGAUCUUAUUCAUUUAUUUGAGACAGUGAGAGAGGAAGAGCAUGAGCAGCAGGG